UGAUCUUUUUCCUCCCAUUUUUCACUCCAACUUACAACAAAACCAACUUUACUCCCUUGGAUGUCAGCAUUUCAUUAAAAUAUUUAACAUUAAUCUCUAAACUUUACCCAAUUUGCAAAAUUCUUAAAGCAAGAGCAAACAUAAAACUAAUUUUUUGAAGAGAUGAUAAGCACGGAAAUUGAUCUUAUCCCGAAGUUGGAACAAGUGGUAGACGGAGAAGCAGUGGAUUCCGGCAACCAAGUCGUCGUGCCCCCCAAGAAGCGUGCCCGUAGAGGAGGAAAAUCCGUCGAAAAAUUGAAAAGUCAACAAGCCCUCCUCAUAAAUGAAGUUGGGACUAACUGGUCAUUCCAUAGAAUUCAAAUGGCUUAUAAAACAGCAAUUGAUAAUCCCCUCCCAAUCUGUUAUUUUCGUGGAAAUGACUUAUUCCUGGAGAUUGAGAAGACCAAGACAAAAAUACGCGUAGCGUCCUAUCUUCCCAACGACGGGGUAGAGUAUCAAGAUAUUCUUGACAACAGCGAGGAAACAGUGGACAUAAAAAUAAAACACAUAGACAUAAAAACUUCUAGCCCCAUAGCGAUCCUUAAAGUAGAAAAUUUCUACUUUUUCUUGAUCUUCAAAAACUCCAAAGAUUGUGAUCGCAUGGAUUUUAUUUUUAAAAAUGCUUUACAUUAAUUGUAGUAUCAGCGAUGUGCACAUACUAUGUGACAAGCUCAGGGAAAGAUUGUCGUCAUUCUCAUCAUCGUCAAUUUUAAAUCUGUAUGUACACAUAUUUUUUUAAGGUAUGCAAUUAACGCGUCUCCUAAAUAAUAGUGAAAUGUCUCCUAAGUAAUAUACAAGUAACCUACAUGGAAAACGUUUCCUAAUAUUAUUUUUAACGUCCCAUUGAAAUCCAUAAACAACUUGUAAAUUGUUUUAUAAAAGGCAGCCUUUAUUUUAUAUAAUUAUCAGACUUUCGUUUUUAACACAGCCCUGCUUGAUUUGUCGGGGCGACCAGCCCAGAACUAUGUCGAAGACCUAGGGAAAUAGUUUAAACCUCAGUCCUAAAUGUUUACAGAUAGGUUUUCAAGAAUACUGUACCUGCCAUUGGAUUGAAUUUUAAAAUUAUUUAUAUUCAUGCCUUAUGAUAUCAAUUCCCCGUAUAUACUUGACACCUUAUUACGAAAUUUGACGCAUGAGAUGGGGUCAUGAUUUGGCAAUAACUUUCUAUCCGACUAUUGGUAAUAGUUUUUUUUCUAAUUGGUAAAUUUUUCAUUACUAAACCGAAAUGCUCGUAAUUCCUGUAAAACGGAUAGGACAAUUUGCCUCUGGGAUUACACUAUUUAGCAAAUAUGUACAUAUUUAAGUAUGAGUACAUAUAAAUAUAGGAAUUAUGGACUUGGUUUGAGGAUUUGUUCAUGUGUACUGAUUAUCUAUAUGCAUACUAUGGCGAAUAUUGAUUGUUUUUUUUUCAACGGGCCGACGCCGACAGUGUUAUAAAAAUGUUAAUUUGCGAAGGAAUUGUGUGGGUUGAUGAUACCUCGAGAGGACGAAUGUACUGGUUCCCUAGUUUAUUUAUGGCCAAUAAAGGCUUCGAUUAAGCAUAUAAAUUUAUGUACCGAAUUUUAGGACAUUAUUUUAAUCGUGUUUAUUACGAAAUUUCAAUUUUACUUUCGUUUCGUCCUCACAAUUUUUAAGUAUACUUGCGGUAACAGAAGUUUUAAUCUUGUUGGGAACCAUUUAGGCGAAAUGUAUUACUUUUUAUUUUAUGAAAUGCUGCCUGUAGAUACGUACGUAAUAAAGUGUUUUAAUCAUCCCGCAAACAAUUAACGAUUAC